UACACAGAAUGUCCUAGCUCGAUUUCACAAUCUCUUAUGAGAACCUGAGAGUCAAUUCUGUAUCUCGAAACGAAGUGAAAAUUACAAAAGUGAGCAUUCUCUAGGCACUGACCAAUGAAAUUACGAAUAUUCUAGUAUAUUUGCUCACUUUUGUAAUUUUCACUUCGUUUCGAGAUACAGAAUCGAUUCCCUGGAGUGGAUUGAGAUAAACAAAAGUUCCAUACCAUUUAGCGAAAAUCGUAAUAAUAAUGGAGAUAUUAUAGAAGAUUUGUGAAUAAUCUAUUUUCUAAAGGGCUAUGUACGAAUUUAUUUGUAGUUCAUAUUACGUAGAAAAUGUACGUAUAUUACGAAACGCAACUUAUAGGGUUGUUUGUUUUCAAAAAGAUAUCUGAAGUAGUGCAGUAAGUUAGAAUGAGAGAGAAUAUACUUAUUUCCAUCGACAUAUAGUACUGGACGGAGCAUUCGGCAAGACUUCUUUGGUCUUUCGUGUUGAGAGACAUAGAAAGAAAAAGCUAGAUGUGUAGGCACGGAUCUCUCUUUCUACUCUCUGUUCAUUGGUUGAAUUUUGUCUAAGCAGAAAGGGAACAGUAUCGUUGUUGUUGGUAUUCCUAGCCGUAGAACUAACUCCAUUGACCUAGGGAACAGUAUCGUAUUCUUAAAAGUUGGGAUAUGUUACUACAUAUGAGACUGCGUUCCGAAAUUUAUUGCCAGUACUGAAAUUCGAUAAUAUACGUAACAUGAACUAUAGAUUUUCAGUACUGGCAUUGCAUUUCGGAACGCAGCCUGAGUUACUACAUAUGCACUAUGUAAAAACUGAUGUGUUAAAUUUAACACAUUCAUGUGUCCCAAAUCAUUAACAUUUGACCGUUAGGAAUCACUGACGGUAUUCAAGUGUUAAAUUCUUGUGUUAAUUUUUUACAUAUUAUGCAUGUGACUUUUUACAUUUGUUUUGUGUUAAAUUUAUACAUAAAUAAGAGUGGAUGAUUUGGGACACAAAAUGUUAAAUUUAACACAUCAGUUUUUAUAGUGUGAUUACAUGUUGUACGUGUAAUACAUAUAUAUUACAAACUUUUUAUAUACUCUAUAAACAUUUUUAUAUUUCACCUUUUUCUUUUUCCUUUAUCCUAUAUUCUUACUGCUAUAAAAAAAUUAAUUAAAAUAAUAGAAUUGUAAAUGCAUCGUGGUCCUGUUGCUCCAUAAACUGCUCCUAUCCACACAUUGGCCAGUAUUCAUAGUCCGAUCUUAUAUUUAAGAUCAUCUUAAGUACUGUCUUAAGAUGUCAUGAACCAAUCACAGAGCUGUAUUCACAUCUUAAGACAUUACUUAAGACGGUCUUGAAAUAAGAUUCGACUAUGAAUACCGGCCAUUGUCUUGUUUCUUUCUACGCCCGCAAUACGAUGCCGGCACAAUGCUCCGUCCAGUAUUAUGGCUGGUAUUCAUAGUCCGAUCUUAUAUUUAAGAUCAUCUUAAGUACUGUCUUAAGAUGUCAUGAACCAAUCACAGAGCCGUAUUCGCAUCUUAAGACAUUACUUAAAACGGUCUUGAAAUAAGAGUCGACUAUGAAUACCGGCCUAUAUGUCGAUGCUUAUUUCACUCCAGUUUAUCACACUAUAGAAGUUCUUCGAAAACAAACAGAUCUUAUAUCACUUACGUCUCUUGUUGAAAAAUGACUUACAUCGAAAUUGAGAUAGAUAUAAUCACAAAAAAGAGGCAAACAAUGAAAUAAAUUUUUUAAGAUAAGAAAAUGGUAUAUGGGAUAUAUACAGGGUGUCCCAGAAUAACCUUUGAAAGCCUCUCAUGGAGGUAUAAUAUGGAUUAAUGUGGAUAUAAAAGUCAUACCAUUUUGCAAUAUUUGCAAUAAUUAUCGAGACAUUAAUUAAAAGAGACUUGUGAAUAAUCACGCGAGAUAUAGUAAUGGGAUAUCAGCUAUAAUGACGAUAUUUGCCAUUGUGUGUUUGUACAUUAGAUCAAACUGAACAAAAAAGUUUUUUAUUUUUUUCCUAAUAACACUUUGUGGAUUUUUAAUUAUUAGUUAGAUAACAUUAAUAUAUUAUCGCGAGCGACCAUUCGCCUAUUUUUUUUAAUUAAUAAUAAAAAAUCUACAAGUUUAUUAGCAAAAUGGUAGAGGAUUUUUUUCUUUAGCUAAUGUUCUAAUGUACAAGUACAAGAUGGCAGACGUCAUUACUACAGCUCAUUUAUCAUAUCUCACGUAGUCAUUUACAAAUCUUUAAUUAAUAUCUUGAUAAUUAUUGCGAAUAUCACAAAACAAUAUAGGACUUUUAUGUUUGUCUCAAUCCGUACUAUCCCAAAUAUCACAGAGAAUUCAAAAAGAAUUCAGUUGUAUGCCACUAAUUCUGAGUUCAUUUUUAGAUGCAAAAAGAAUUCUUUUCACUGAACUGAACUUUGAAGAAUUCUUUUCGCAUCUGAAAAUGAAUUCAGAAUUGGUGACAUACGACUGAAUUCUUUUUGAAUUCUCUGUACUAUCUGGAAUGCCUCCACAAGAGUUUCGAAGGUUCUACACCUUAUAUAACCAUACGUCGCGCUCGUAUCACGUUCAAUUGUCGAACAUAACAGGAAACUAUCAUCUCGAGUAGAUCGCGUUUUCGAGAUGGCGCAAAGUGUACUCACUUAUUUGUCUAACAAUAUAUCGAUUGCGGCGAUUGAAAUGAAUAUUAAUUAUUGACUUAUAUACAUAGACUGCGUUUCUUAUGAGAGGUUUGAAGCAAGAUUGCGAACAAUUAAUUAUUUUUUUAAUUGAUCAUUGUGUUUUAUUGACGAUUAAUAUGGGCCAAUUAAAUUAGAGAGCGUUUAAUUAAUAAUUUAUUUCAACAAAUUCAAUUAAAUAUCGUUUAAUUAACGAUUAAUAUGAGCGAAGGGAAUUAAAGGGCGUUAAAUUAAUAAUUGAACUUAGCAAAAUUGAUUAAAGGCCGUUUAAUUAACGAUCGAACUUAGCAAAUUUAAUUCUCCGUUUGCAAUCAUAUUUUUAUUCCCUCCGUCUGCAAUCUGAAUCUUUUCUGCUCAGCCUAAGUUUUUUUUACUGUUUUAGGCUUUAAAAAAUCUGAAAAAAUUUAACUUACUUUUCAAGUAUUGCUAUUUCACAUUAAUCGUCAAUUAAAUGAUCUUUAAUUAAGUUUGAUAGAUUCAAUCGUCAAUUAAACGGCCCUUAAUUAAAUUUGCCAAGUUCAAUUGUUAACUGAACAAUCUUUGAUUCCCUUUGCUCAUAUUAAUCGUCAAUUGGACGGUUUUUGAAUCCGUAAUUUAUUAUCAAUUAAACGUUCUCUAAUUGCUUGAACUAAUCGUUAUAAUUACUUGAAUCGAGACAUAUUUGUUCAAAUCAAUUACUAAAUUGGAAAACAUUUUAAUUGAUAUUUUUACAACUCUGGAUUGAAGACGUGAUUUGAAGAGCAACUACACGACAUUCCUUUCCACUGUUCACAAUCUAGUUCUAUCGGAGUCCCAUCCAGCUUGACUUCUAUCGGAGAAAGCUGCGUGAAAUGUCCUAUACGAGACAAGUUAGACAAAUAUUUAAUGUCUAUACUAUCAGUAAUUGAUUUGAACAAGUAUGUCUCGAUUCAAGUAAUUAUAACGAUUGAUUCGAGCAAAUUCAAUCAGAAAAUGUUUAAUUGAUAAUCAAUUUUGACGAAUUCAAAAACCGUUCAAUUGACGAUUAAUAUGAAGGAAAUCAAAGAUCGUUCAGUUAACAAUUGAACUUGGCAAAUUUAAUUAAAGGCCGUUUAAUUGACGAUAUUCUUUUUUGGUCAGAUCUUCGUCAGCCUCUUGUGGAAACGCUUAGUCUAUGUGCAUAAGUAUGCGAUAAUAACGGAUAAACCGUGUAUUGCAGAUGAUCUUCCGGAUCGAUUUUCCUCGCUUUUCCUGCGCCCGGGACAGACACUGACGAUAUGGAUACAGUAUGGCUUCAGCACUCCGGCAUGUCUCUGGGAGUAGUUUUCUUUCGUCAGCCCUCGUGUUACUCUUGCUACUCUGUCCACACAGCUCCACAGCCCGCGAGGUAAUUGACGCGCCACUGCCACAACAAGACUACGUUCCAUCACUGCCGCCACCACCACCGGGAGGUCUCACCACUGCUAGAACACCAAAGUGCGACCAAAAGUUUGUAAGCACUCCUGACGGGCCGCUGAAUGGAACUUUUCAUGCACCGACGCUGAUCAACUCCGACGGGGGUCCUCGACAGUGCGUUUUCACGUUCCUCGCAGGGCCGCGUCAGCGUGUCGAAUUGGUUUUCACGUCGUUCGGCCUUCGGGGAAAGCCGCCAGAUGGAUCUGCUGUGGGAGAAUUACCCGCCUGUGUUCACGAAUACAUGGACAUAUACUCGGAGAUACGAUCGGAGAACACGACUAAGCUGAUAGAAACGCCGUUCGGUGGUCGGUUCUGCGGACCGAUCCCACCUCGCAGACGGGUUUCUCUCUAUCAGGGAAUCGCCCUCAGUUUCUACACCGACAAGAAUGUCACGCUACCGAACGUUUUCAGCGGUAUUUACAAAUUUAUCAACGCCUCCGAGUACGAGGUGGGCACGCUGGCGCCGAGCACACCGUGCUCCUUCACGAUAAGCGUGCAGGAGAAACGCAACGGCAACAUACUGUCGCCCACUUAUCCCGGCAGCUAUCCCAAGGACCUCGUUUGUAGCUAUCAGUUUAUCGGGACCGCCGGGCAACGCGUGCGACUGGAGUUUCGCGACUUCGACCUGUUUUUCGGGGGGCCACAUUGUCCUUUGGACUACGUGAAGGUGUAUGACGGUAUCGACAAUACCACAGCCGUGAUCGGCACGUACUGUGGUCAACAGCGAAAUCUGGUGCUAUACUCCUCAGAGUCUAGUUUGUACGUAGCGUUCGUCACAUUAAAACGCACCGCAAACACCCAAAACCGUGGAUUUAAGGGCAUCUUCGAGUUCUCUGAGAGUUUCGUCAGCUUAGACUUCAUAACGGUGUACCAAGGCGAGCACAUCCGCGGAUCUGAGUGCGACCAGAAGAUCCUCAGCAAGAAGGAGACCUCGGGAGUCGUAGUUAGCCCAAAUUUUCCAUUUCCUUACAUACCGAAGGUCGUCUGCCGUUACUUCAUCUACGGGAUGCAGGACUCGCAGCAUCUCGAGCGCGUGCGACUAGAGUUCGAGACGUUCGCGAUACAGAUGGCGGCGGGAGAAACGUCAUGCACCGACGGCUACUUGAAGCUAUACUUGAAGGGUCAGGAGGCGACGGAUUCCUACGACAAAUUCGAUUACGAGAUGUGCGGUAACAAGAGCAAUCCGAGCUACGUAGUUAGCGACGGGCCAAGACUCGUGAUGGUGUUUAGUAGCGGCGAGCUGCAGGCGCAAGGUUUCAAAGCGAAGUAUACCUUCGAGACGGAAUACAAAAUACCGGGCACCGCGGCGCCCGACGGCAGCUGCACCUUCACGUAUCGCAGCUCCUCCCGCAAACGCGGCGAAUUCAAUUCGCCGCGAUACCCCAGCAACUAUCCCAGCGACACGAAUUGCACGUACUUCUUCUUGGCGACGCCGAACGAACAGGUCGCUCUGAUCUUCGAUCACUUCAAGGUGCGAACGAAAAAUCUCAAUGUCACGGACGGGCAUUACGGAUACGAGGUGUGUCAGGAUGACUGGCUGGAGAUCUACAACAUGUACCGCGACAGCACGGAGAAACUGAUCGGGAGAUAUUGCGGCACGACCGCGCCGGGCCCGGUCGAGUCGAAUCUCGGCGCGCUCGGGUUGAAGGUGAUCCUGCACACCGACUCUGAAUUGGUCUACAGCGGCUUCAAGGCGCGUUACACCUUCGAAGUCGCCAAACCCAUCUUUGGAGAUUGCGGGUCGAAUAUUAGUAGCUUAAAUUACGGUAUCAUAACCAGCCCGAAUUUCCCAAACAAAUACGAGGGACCGGCGCGGAACCUCGCCAGCAAGACUUGCAACUGGUUCAUAAGGGUGCGGCCGAAUCAGCAGAUACUUUUGAACUUCGAGCUCUUCUCCGUGGAGGGCGAUCAGUCAGCGCGAGGUUGCCCGGCGGCCGUGUUACGCAUGUGGUACUCGUUGACGUCAACACCGCGCGAACUCUGCGGUAUGAAGCCAAGCGAAGUCAAGUGGAGCUACAUCUCGGAGGACAACAACAUGCGGCUCAGUUUCAUAUCGGCCGACAAAGCAGUGGGGCAGCAGGGCUUUCGCGCGGUGUGGACCGAAGUGAGCACCAAUACCGACUGCCAAGAUCAGUUUCUAUGCAGCAAAAGUAAAUACUGCAUCUCCGAAUCCCUGCGGUGCAAUAACAUUGAUAAUUGUGGGCCGGACGAUGCGUCGGACGAGGAGAACUGCGCCGAGAUGCCGCAGGCGGACAGCUACACGGCACCGUUAGGUUACGUGAUCGGCAGCAUCCUGGUGGUCAUGAUGAUCUGCCUGGGCUGCCAUCGGCUGCGACGGUGCAUGCGCGGCAUGCCGAUCGACGAGCUGCCGCAGCGGGUAGUCGACGACCGACGCCACUGCUACUACCACGACUUCCCGCACCAUUACCAGGAGCACCCGCGCGGCUUCAACCAGUACCAGCUGGAGCAGCCGAGUCCGCCGAGCGAGAGCGACGGCGAAGCCGAGGUCGAGGCCGAGGCCGAGACCGAGGCCGACGCCGAGCAGGCCUGCGACCAGGAGACCAGCAGCCUGGACACCGUGUGACCGUGGCCGAUCGCAGGGUGACGAUCGCGCUCCGCGUCCUUCUCGCGCCCUCGUCGCGGCGUCCUCGCUCCUCGUCGACACGUGCGACUCGUUGCUGUUGUCGUUGCACGACGCGUUUUCGAGGAGCUCGGCGCUUCGCGCCCUCGUCGCCCUCGUUGCCUCCGUCGUUCUCAUUGCUCUCGUCGCCCUCGUCGCCUACCUCGCCGAGUCACGACGCCGAGGAGCAGGAAGUCGCGGUGGGAGCCGAUGCUCGACAUUGUCGUUGAACUUUGCGCGUAAGGCGGAUACCGUAGCUUUUCUACGUCGGUGCGUACCACGCGCGCGCGCGUACACGGAUUCCAUGCGAACUCGACGAGCGGCGGUUUGGGAUUUUCCUGCCGCGGUCGAGGGAUCGUGGUUCUACAUCGAGGUGUCGAACCACCGGGGGACGCGAAUUGCCUUCUUCAGCUGAGAACAACGUGGCGGAGAUCCCUCCUCACCUUCCUUCUUCCUCAGAAAGCUGCCACCGGAGGACGACGUGGUGCACGCGUUGUCGCCGGACUGUAUUUUCUAAUCGAAUCACGCUGUCUGUCCGUGACUCUUCGAAGGGCCGAUGGUGGUUGACGCUCAAUGAUCUCCCCCGUGCCACGAAUCAUUUCCCCGGGAGAAUUCCUACCGCCCAUCGAAGAGUCAGAUCGGCUCCCGAUGAUCGCUGAGUCGUGAUCCGAGUCGUCACCUCGCGACGCGUCGCGGUGCAAGGCUCGAUUCGCGCGCGUCAGGUGAUGUAUUGUGAUAUAUUUUGCAUUCCCAGCAAACAUGAAGUUUGCUCCCAGUCAACAAAGAACAUUAGGUUUGCAUGCCAAAACGGCAUUCCUUACUGAAAAUCCAUAUAUCGCACCCAUGUUUCAAUAGUGCCAUAACCUCGAAAAUUUUAAUUUCACAGGAGAGCCAAAAUAAAAUUUUGUGUGAACGUAAUAUUUUUUUGGUCAGCAACUUUGCAACUUGGGCUUACUAAAUUCGGUAUACAUACAGAUUGAAGUUGUCUUUACCAAUUAGUGAUGUGACAUUUAGUGUGAAAUCCUAAGAAAUUCUUGUUGCAUGUAGUGCGAAAUAGCUAAUUGACAUACAUGGAAUUUAUUAGAAUUAUUGAUAUGGCACUUUUACAUCUUGUAGGUAUCGUCAUAAUGUAUACGUUGGGUAAAAAAAUGAAUUUUGAAAUUUUUAUGGAUAGAAGGAAAACAAAGAACAUUAGGUUUGCAUUCAAAACGGCAUUCCUUUCUGAGAGGAAUUUUACUGAAAAUCCAUAUAUCGCACCCCUGUUUCAAUAGUGCCAUAACCUCGAAAAUUUUAAUUUCACAGGAGAGCCAAAAUGAAAUUUUGUGUGAACGUAAUAUUUUUUUGGUCAGCAACUUUGCAACUUGGGCUUACCAAAUUCGGUAUAUAUACAGAUUGAAGUUGUCUUUACCAAUUAGUGAUGUGACAUUUAGUGUGAAAUCCUAAGAAAUUCUUGUUGCAUGUAGUGCGAAAUAGCUAAUCGACAGCUGGCGCCUCACAUGGAAUUUAUUAGAAUUAUUGAUAUGGCACUUUUAUACCUUGUAGGCAUCAUCAUAAUGUAUACGUUGAGCAAAAAAAUGAAUUUUGAAAUUUUUAUGGAUAUGGCACUAUUGAAACAAGGAUGCGACAUGUAACGUCGAUCGAUUUUCGACAGAGUUUUCCUCUAGAAGGACGCUUUGGAAUGCAACCUACAUCAGCAUUUGAAAUACUAAUUUCGCAUGUAUCUCUUGUUUUCGCUUAAUAUUUUACAAAUAUUUUAAAGAUAUUGUGAGAUAAUAUGAUCUCUUUAAAUAUUGCAGAAAUGUUUUAGAAAUAUCGAAGCUAUUCGCAAUGUUGUUAAUAUACAACGUAAAAAACUACAUAUUAUAAAACGUUAUACGCUUUUGAAUAUCGUUGUAAUAAUAUUCUAUCAAUGUUUAUUUGUUCACGGAUUUUUUUUAUAGCUGUGCUACAUUGCAUUGUUUAUAUUACUUAAAUUGAAGUAGACGCAUUUGACACUUGAUGGAAGGAACAAGAAAGUAGGAUUACAAGAUUAUUUAGAAAAAGUAUUUGGAAAGAACAGGUCUCUGAUGAUGUGUCUGACGUCGUCGUAUUAUGAUUUAAAAUUCACUUCUUAAAUAAUAUGGAUCUUAUAAUAAAUAUAAAGGUAUUUCAUGUUUUUAUGUGUUUUGUUCUGGAGCCAAAAUAUCAAACAACCUGAACGGAAAGUUCAACGUUGAUUACUGAUAAUCCACGGAAGAGAGACAUGGAAUGUUUUAGUAUCCUAAGUAGCAGAAAUUUCUAAAAGUCAUCUUGCAAUCGUCUAAAAGAAAUCUGAGAAAGUAGGACGUUUUCUAAACGUCUUUCGGCGAAAGUAAGACCUCUUUUAAAAGUUUCUGCUACUGAAACGUCAUUAUAAUUUUAUAUAUAUAUAUAUAUCUAUAUAUAUAUAUAUAUUCUGAAUAAUAAAAUAAACUAAUCCAAUGAGAGAGAAAUCUGACAUUAUUGAUUUUUUUUUAUGUUUCUCAUAAUACUUAAAGUCAAAUUAAGCGACAUCAUUUACUUUGAUAGUAUUUUUUUUGUGUGGAUAUAUAUGAUUUAUUAUUAAUAUAUAUGAUUUAUUAUUAUAAUUAUAUAUGAUUAUAAUAUGGUCAUAUAGGGACAAAAUUCAUAUAUGUUUUUUUCCCAAGUGUAUUUCGAAUAUUAUUAUAAAUUAUGAACUCUCCACCGCUAUAUUUCUUAAAUAACAAUCAUUAAUUUGGGAAUUUAUAUAUAAUGUCGGAAUAUUAGCCUUUAAUAUCUUAGUAGUUCUUCAUUAAAAUUCUAAUUUUAAUUGUCAAGAAAUUGAAAAUAGGAAUUAGAAAUAGCACGCCAAUUCUAAGGAAUAUAUAUAAAAAGUGUCAUCUUUAGUUUAAAAUAUUUCAACUCUCCAAAAAAGACCAAUUUUUUCUAAUUACCAACAGUUAAAUAUUUCAAUUUAUAUAUAGUGCAAAUUUCAAUUCUUAAUAAACUUAUUUUGCCUUAUAACUUCCUUAAAUGCGUUACAUGCAAGAGAAUAUAUAUAUAAAUUUUCUGUAUUAUUUUUCCAAAGAGAAUAUCUUUUCCCAUUUACCUAAUAAGAAUAAUAAUAAUCAUGUUUGCUGGGUUGCCACUCACUUCAUGAAACUGUGACACUCAACCAACGCGCCACCGACGAAUCGAAUUCUUUUCGUCGAGUUCUUUUAAUUUCUCAAAAUCGCGUGUCAACCCUUGUCGCACAUGGACUUCGUAUUCUAGAUGCAUAUCGAAUGCUAAGUAUGUCUUUCUGAUUGUGAAACUCGCACAUACAUACACACAUACUCAAACGCAUACACACACACACACAUGAGAAUAAGAAAAAAAUAAGAAUCCGCGGUGCAUUAUCGCAGUAUCCUUGUGCGUUUAGGAACUGGUAUGGUGAAACUGUCCGAAAAGAUUUUCGAUCAGAAUAAUUCCGUCAUUUCUCAGAUAUUUAUUGUCUUCUUCAGGAAACGCGGUAUUAUUUCUAUCGGAUUUUUCCGAAUAGUUCCAUAAUACCUGUUCAGGGUGACGUUCACAUUCAACCUCGACGAACGAGUCGGCGAGCCGAUCGGGCGAUUGCUGUCUUCUGUAAGUUGACGUCGAUGAUAAUCGAUUGAAAGUACUAGCGCUUCCCCGACCGUGGAACACGCUUUACUAAGGCCUGUAUCGAGCAGUGUUGGGCGUAAAUAAAUUAAGCUUUCCCUUGACUACAAUAAUCGGCAAGUCAAUAAUCAAAAUUAAUCAAUCAUCGUAUGUAAAAGCACAGAUAAUUUCAUUAAUCGAUGAAAUUAAUUAUUAGUCAAACUUUGAUGUGAUUGAUUGUGCACUGAUUAAUAAUUAAUUUCAUUCAGUCGAUUAAAUUAUACGCUAUUACACAUAUGACGGUUGAUUAAUUUUGUUCACUGAUUUGCCGAUUAUUUUAGCCAAAGGAUAUUUUAAUUGAUCAAUACCCAAUAUUGAUUAAUAGUUACUGCUUGAACCCUUAUAGAAAUGUCAUACUAAGAAUCAUUGAUAAUUACUUAUUUUCAGUAUUAAAAAUACUGGAUAAUAAGUAAUUAUCAAUGAUUCUUAGUAUGAUAUUUCUAUAAGAGAAACUGGUUUCAAGUGAGAUUUUUAGAUUUGAAUUUUGAAUUGGAUGUGAGUUUCUCAGUUGAAUCUCGAUGACGAAUAUAAUGUUGCAUAUAUCAUACGAUUUAACUGAAAGAUUCGAUCUAAUUUUGAAUUUAAAUAUGAGAAUCUUAUGUGAGACAAGUCUUGACAAGUAACGACUAUUGAUACGGGUCUUAAAAAUACGCGAUCGUCUUGCGUGUUUAAUCCCGCUGUACCCUCGCUCUUCCCAACAGCGAAUGGAAAUCGGUCGGAUUCGAUCGCGAAAGCUCGAUGAUUGGUAUAUGUGUGUGUGUGUGUGUGUGUGUGUGUGAAAGUCUAUGUGUGCGCGUGAGUCUAUGUGUGCGAGAGAGACCUUGCGUUUUCUAUGAUUUACACGCGACGGAUUCCGGCGUACGGCCGAUGUAAGACACGAAUCCAUUCGAGUAAGAGGUGAACGAGAGCCUCCCUCGCGAAGAUAAACGAACUGCCGGCGCACCCUGGUGAGCUACGGUAUUCGGCCCGGGCUGAAUCAGAUCGAGUCAAUCUCGAUCGUUGCUCCCUCGCGAGGGGAAACAGCCGGAUCGGGUCGUCUCGUCGAGCCGGUUGACUGCUCGUGCACGGAAAAGGGAGUUCCUUCAGUGUGGCUGAAUUUUCCAUUGCCUGAGAAAAACAAGGACCAAACGGAAAACUCGGUUUUAGGACUCUAAAUUUUGUGAAGUUGAGUCGCACUCGAAACGAGUGAAAAGUGGCAGUAUCUCUAGUCGAAGCGAUAACAUAAAGUACUGCCACUCGAAAUCGCUUUCCAUUGCCUGGGAAGAAUAAGGACCAAACAGAAAGCUCUCUCGGUUCUAGGAUUCUCGAAAUUUCUUGGAAUUGAGUUACGUUCAAAACGUGCAAAAAGUGGCAGUAUCUUCAGUCGAAAAGAAAAUACUGCCAUCCGAAAUAGAGUGAACGUUUCACUCAAACUUAGAGCGGAUUUUGAUUCCAUAUGAACGAAUGUUUCAGUCGAUUGAAGCGAAUAUAUGACGGUGGAGUACAUCAAAACUCAUUUUUUAAUUUCGUAUAAAAAUAUUCACUCACAUUGGUAAAAGAUCGUGCAAUUAAUAAUUGAACUUGGAAAAUUUAAUUAAAGGUCGUUUGAUUGAUGACUGAGAUAUGAGCAAAUUUAAUCCAAAAGGAGAGGACUGGUCAUAUCAAUCUUCACUGAAUAAUUUUGAAUUGAAUUCGCUCAUAUCAGUCAUCAAUUAAACGAUCUUUAAUUAAAUUUGCCAAGUUCAAUUAUUAAGUGCACGAUCUUUUAUCAAUCUGAGGAACGUCUCAGAAGUUCAAUGUCCUUCAGAAGACCUGUUAUCUUUACUUUCUUUCUCUCUUAUCAGUCUUCAAUCGAACAGUCUUUAAUUAAAUUCGCCGAAAUCGAUCAUCGAUUGAACGGUCUUCGAUUAAAUUUAUUGAAAUCAAUUGUCAAUCAAACAGCCUCCAAUUGGAUUGACUCAUAUUAAUCGUCAAUUGAACACGACGAUUAAUUAAAAAAGCAAUUAAUUAUGCGCAAUCUUGAAUUCAAUUCAGACGAAUGUUUCUAGUCGCGGUAGAGGCACAAUUUCCCCGUCGCUGAAUUGUCUGUUCAGUCCCUAUUCAGUCGCACACGCGCUGAGCUUCGUUUUCCGUGCGCGAGCUCGAAGUACGUUUCGUUCGUAUACGUAUUACCCCGAGCAAUAGUUGCAACGUCGCUGUAAACCGCAAUACAAUAAACGUAAUAAAUGAGAUUCGCCGCGCGGAGGGCGUUCGUAGUCUCCUCGUGCGCGGCGGCGAUAUAUAUAGUAUAUUUUGUACACUCGAUAACAACGCAUUUUUACCGGAGUGCGAUCGACAAGCAGCACACAACCGUGUGUGUCGUCGGGCACACACCGCGCGGUUCCGGCGCUUCUUCAAUCGAGAGACACAAGUCCGUCGAACACGGUCGCAUCAGAGAGAAAGAGAAAAAAAGAGAGAUAGUCGCUCUAUGAUCCCGCAGGGGAUGUACUUGCCAGACAAUGCAAAUGUUUGAAGGACAUCGCGCGCACGGGGAAUAUUAAGAGAGAAAACGUCUUCAAUUUUUUAGAUAUCUCCCCGAAGAGUCUGGAGGACAUUGAACUUCUGAGACGUUCCUCAGACGGGCUUCGAGAAAGACACCCCGAGAUUGUCGAGACGAUCGUUGGGCUUGAUUUAAUGAAAGGUCGUUAUAAUUCACAAGCUCGACCCCGUCAAUAUCGUCGUCGUUGUUGUCUCGUACGACCAAUGGAUUGCCACCCUCGCAGGACACAACAAUCCGACGAGGAUGAGAAAUGUCGCGUGUCCUUGGGACGUUUGCGUUGUCUGGGUGACGAUUGGAGCGAAACUUCCAAAUUUCCGACUUACACGAUUAAGCGGCAUAACGUGUACUUUGAUACAUAUGCAUAUGUAUGUCACGGAGAGCGCUGCCAUGGGGGUGCUGGUAUAUAUAACGAAGUAUAUUCUAAACUACCUUAAAUACAAGUCUUGCGUAAGAUACGUAUAUUGUGCUGUGUGCUGAAUGAAGUCGGAUAGAGCAAGUAAAGAGGCUCGACCGCGAGCUCGGAAAUGUGCAAGACUCCUCGACGCUACGUUACCGCGUCUUUUUAUAGGCUUAUUCUGUUAUCCUUAAGUAUGUCGUUAUCGUUACGUAUGUAAAGACCGUCUAUGGGAGUAAAAUGGAAGUAAAAUAUGGCUGUAUAGAGUAAUGGAAGUAAAAUAUGGCUGUAUAAGAAGAAAGAAUAAGAAAUUGACCAUUAUUUUUCUCACAUUCGACUGUGACUGGUUAAUUUCUUAUUCUUACUUCUUACAGCCAUACUUUAUCCCCAUUGUAGACUGUUCUUAAGGCUUGAUCUACAAUAUGUGGAAUAAGUAGUCGUAAAAAUUAGUCAAUCAUAGUCGAUUAUUACAAGAAUAAUUGAUUGGCCAAUUUUUACGGCUUACAGCUUACUCCGCAUAUUGUAGACCAAGCCUAACAUAUAUGCAGAGUUGUGAAGCAACGCGUUACUUGUAACGCUGUUACUGUUACUUUUUUCGAUAAUGAACAUUACUUUUUUUCUGUUUGUCACUGUAACAAUAAUGUCAUUACAUUUUUACAGCUCUAAAGAGGACAGUAACGAAUUCAACCAUUACUUUUAUUGUUACUUUAGUUAUCUAUAUUCAAUAAAUGAUGCACUGAUCGUGCACUGAGAGCGUAUAUUAGGUAUUCUUGAUUAGAUAGAAAUAUUUCAACAUUGGCUGGAAGUGGUUUUCUCUUAUUCUUCAUGUAAAAAUGAUUGUUAAGUCGAAUUUUGUAAUUUAGCUGUUAAAAAUUUUGAAUAAAUUUAAUAAUAGGUAUGUUUAAAAAAUGUAGUUCACUUUUGUAAGAAACUAUGGAACAAAUGUGUGUAUUUUAUAUAUACACACUAAACAUACUUAUUAUUAAAUUUAUUAAACAUUUUUAAGAGCCGAAUUGCAAAAUUUGGCUACUGAUUAAUAAUUUAUGUGUGAAGAAUAAUAAAAGAUAAAAAGAUAGAAUCAAAUUUAUAAGGAAAUAUUAGUUCUCAGGAUUAUUGCAGUCUUAAAUAGUUUCUUCUUUUUACAUGAACUAGCUACACUAAAAAUAAUAACUUAAGCUUAAAAACAAUAAUCUCAUUUUAAAAUUAAUUACGUAUUUUAGUUUAGUAUUAUAAAAAAAUAACGAUAACGGUAACGAGUUACUUUUUAUGGAAAGUAACGUUAACGCUACGACGUGUUACUUUUUUGAAGUAACGUUCCCAACUCUGCAUAUAUGCAAGGGCGAGAAAGUUUUUUUUCAGUAAAUUAAGUUUAAAACUGAUGGUCCACAAAAUUAAUUUAGUUAUUGAAAGUUACGUAAACAAAAACUGGCUGAAUCCAAAAUUAAGUUAAAGUAAAAUUAUCUUACUGAAAUAAAAAGUUAAUUGUGCAAAGCAUUAUGUAUGUUCUUUUGCAUAAAGUAACUGUUUAAUUGUAGAUUUAAUUUAUGUGAAGUAUUGAAGAGGUAUUCUUUUAUGAGAAAAAAUACUCUCUAAAUAUCUUGUAUUCAGGAUUCCACAUAAGAAAAGAAUAUUGAUACUCAGAAAGGAAAUACAAUUCUGCUGACAUUGUUUUUCUUUUGUUUCUCUUAUUUUAUUUUUAAGCAGCCCGUAGUGUUUUUUAAUAUUGGAUUAUUGUAACUUGCAUAUAGAAGAAGUUAAUAAGUUAAAAUAAAUAUAUUUUAAAAUAACUAGUUCACAAGCUAAAAGUUAACUUACUUGAAAUUAAGUUAAAAGUUAUGCGUUUAUUAACUUUUGAUUUUUAACCGAUUAACUAGUUAUUAUCUAAUCUUGAGUAGUAGGAAAGUUGCAGAAUAAGCUUAUAUACUUGCCGUAGAGCCGUCGACGAGCUUGUCUUCGGACCACCCUGAAUUCCAUAUUUUUUAACGAUGAAGAUUACGUUACGAAAGUUACAGAACGGCACGUUUCGAGUCCGUACUUUGCAAAAAAUCACACGAAAUCGCGUGUGUUUCGCAAAGUCGCGGAGAACUGUUUCACGUGUGAUCUUCAUUUGAAAAAAUACGAAUUUGAGGUGGUCUUCUCCUCAGCUUUUUAACGCCAUCUCUACUUUUUAAAAUUUAGGGCAGCUUGAGCACAAGUUCGUCGAUCGCUCGCGAACGCUAUUUUCAAAUUUACUGAGGAGAAAGCGCGCGUGUGUGUGUGUGAAAGAAAGAGAGAGAGAGAGAGAGAGAAAGAGAGAAAAAGAGAGAGAGAGAGAGAUAGAGAUAAAGAGAGAUUGUGAGUCCGGUAGAGAUAUACGACUUUAUACAUAUAUCGAACCGCUGUGUUCAAUUUCUUUAAUAAUACGGAGAGACAGUUAUAUAAUAUAUCGGAUACACGCAAAUAGAUAACGUUGUUACAGUUAGCGCAGCGUCGAAACGGGAUUGAAUCUAAUAAAACGCUAAGAAAACACGAAAAUUCAUAAGACAGUUCUGUGCCACGCUUCCUAUAAAAACGAAAAAAAAAAAAA